UAUGAUGAAUGCCAAGAUGGUGUCCUUGUCGGCCGGCAUCUUUUCUCUCCUCAAUACCAUCCAAUUCCUCAUCUUUGACCUGAACCAGAUUACAGACAUUGGCUUUGAGGACAGUUUUAGCAUCUACAUGGACACAAAGUCUGAAUCAGUCUCUUGGUUCAUGAACUACAGGAAUAACAUCAGCAUUGGCCUCUCCAUCACCACCAUCCUGUUCAGCUGUUUGCUCCUUUACUCUAUCCGCAAGAACAUCUACCUGGGGCUGCCAGUCUAUGCCUUGUGGAUCCUGACUUAUGAGUUCACCAACUUCUCCUUAGUCCUGCUCACCAACGGGAUCAUCAAAGAACAGUUCAAGGAGCUGAGUUACUUGUACUUGACCUUCCAAGUCUCACACAUGGCCCUGCACUUUUUCUGUCUGCCCUUCCUCUUCAAGCAUGCCUAUAACAUUUACAAAGACCCCAAGACUGUAGGUAAGAUAGGCCGUCGUAGGCACUCCUCUCUCAGUUCAGUGGACUCGUGGUCACCUAUUGGGCCAAAAACUAUGCAUCGCAAGUUAAACUAAACCACACCAGGAAAAAGAGAGAGAGAGAAAGAGAGAAGGC